UUAUUAAACCUCACAAUAAUUUCAUAAUUAUCUGCCUUACGUAUUUCUAAUAGUAUAACCAAAUCAGUAAUUUUUGAAAUAACUGUAAAAACUACUCUGAAAAGUUAUUAUUCCAAAAAUGAAACCUUCAUCUGGUUGUCAAUAUUAAGAUUAUACCAGCAAGAAUGACUCUUUCUGUAAAAAAAUGAUGAUAAUUUAAAUCAAGUCUUACUGCCUAGUGAUUUAAAUCAAAUCCACCCUGGUCAAAAGUAAAUAUAAAAUGACAGCAAAUAAGAGAUGUAUCAACAAAUACACAAGAACUUGCUAUAAAAAGCAAGGAGGGAAUGGUUAGUAAACAGGGGUUUCCUACUUAGGCAUUGAAGUCUUUAGCCACCCAACUAUACUACAACAUCAUCUGAAUAUUCAGUAAUCUGGCCCGGUAUCUAGCAAAUGGAUACUGUACAUUGUUGUAUUUAGCAUUCUUGCAAUCCUAUAAGCAAGGCGGCGGGGGGGAGAGAGAUACAGCCUAACCCAAGCCUAACAAACCAAACAAAAUGUGCGAGGAGGUGCUGAAAUGUGAUGAAUAGAGAAAGAAAGUAAAAACCCAUAAAAUAAGUGAAGGUUAUCUGAAAGAAUAUUACAUUGCAUCUUGAUGUAUCUGUUUGGACAACUGCCUUCGAAACCCGCCUGCAAUUUUUGCUGGGGCGCAUCUUUGCGGACUCUUUCUUUAUUUAUGGAAUGCUGAUCUAACUCUGAUCUUCUGGGGCUGAUGAACACACCACAGUCUAUGGAAAGUACAGCAUCUUUAAGGAGUGCAGUGAGGUAAUAUAAUUGAACUCCAGUUAUAGUUGACAUCUCGUGAAGUCAACGAGGCCUUGGCUCAACACAACAUGCUUCCUCCCUCUCCCCCCCCCAUCCCACUUAGAUGAACCUUAUAAAGAUAAUUUAUGACUUUCUGCGGCUCUGUCAAAAGUAUGCCAGCUGCUAGGCUAACCGGCUAUCUAAAGCAAAGUUCUCAGUGUGUGUUGUGAUGCAUGUUUUGUAAAUUCACAGCAAGUGCAUGGCUUUUUCUCAGGAACGGGGCUUAGCUUUUGCAAUGUUCGCUUAUUGAUUUACUUAACGUCUUUCAAAUGAAUCGCUCCUACGAAUUGUUCCUCCAUCCAUAGCCUUUAAACUUUUUUGAGAUUCACCUUUAAUACCCUGCUAUAACCUGGAAUCUACUUUUGUUUUUUACAUGAACCAGCCCAAAUCCUACUUGAGACUCUUCUUCAGGUGCCUCUUCCAUGAGAGAUCUGGAGGCUGGCAACGCCAUCCGUUGCACUCUGGUAAGCUGCAGCUGCCAGUGCUUUAAACCUGGGAAAAUAAACCAGCGACAAUGUGACCAGUGUCGGCAUGGAUGGGUUGCACAUGCCUUAAGUAAGCUAAGGAUCCCUAACCUAUACCCAACAAGCCAAGUGGAAAUAGUCCAGUCUAAUGUGGUAUUUGAUAUAAGCAGCCUCAUGCUGUAUGGAACUCAAGCAGUUCCCGUCCGUCUCAAAAUUCUCUUAGAUCGGCUUUUCAGUGUCCUGAAGCAAGAAGAAGUCAUUCAUAUCCUCCGUGCUCUGGACUGGACACUUCAAGACUACAUACGUGGAUAUGUCUUGCAGGAUGCUUCAGGAAAGGUCCUGGACCACUGGAGUAUCAUGACCAGUGAAGAAGAACUGGCGACUUUGCAGCAAUUUCUGCGCUUUGGCGAGACAAAGUCCAUUGUGGAGUUAAUGGCGAUUCAGGAGAAAGAAGGGCAGUCCAUUGUCAUCCCCACAGCCGCAGCCAAUAUGGAUAUUAGGGCAUUCAUCGAAAGCUGUAGUCAGAGGAGUGCAAGCAUCUCUGCUUCCUUGGACAAAAUGAAUCCUGUUAACAUCCAUCACUUUGAGAACGUUGUCAACAACAUGGCCUUCAUGUUGCCGUUUCAGUUUUUCAGUCCUGUCCCUCCGCCCCUCAUAGGUUCACCCCCUGAGAGGCUUUUGAUGGAGCAAAGUCAGGACUGCAACAAUGAACUCAAGCAAGAUGUUCCGAUGCAGUUUGCGGAAAACAGCUUCCUGACUUCCGAGUCUUCAUUUCAAGGUGAAAAGGAGGUGGCCUCGACCAGCCCAGAUAUCGCUUUGAAGGACGACACUUGUCCAAGCGAUUUAAGUUCGCCCAACAGCAUCACAAAGCCCGAGAUGAGCCAGCUCUCCCCAGAAAGUAAAACAAAAUCUGUCGACAAAAAUGGCUUCUCCACGAGGAGAGGGCGUGUUUUUUGUACGGCAUGCGAAAAGACAUUUUACGACAAAGGGACUCUGAAGAUCCACUACAACGCUGUCCACCUGAAGAUCAAGCACAAAUGUACCAUUGAAGGCUGCAACAUGGUCUUUAGCUCCCUCCGGAGCCGAAAUCGACACAGUGCCAACCCCAACCCUAGGCUUCACAUGCCAAUGAACAGAAACAACCGGGAUAAAGAUCUGAGAAAUGGGUUGGCCAUCACCGGACUGGAAGAGAACAAACGGACGGACUUUAACAUUUUGCCUCCCGACAGUAGAUCCCUUUCCAGCUACGGAAGCGCUUGCAGCGAUUCAAAGACACAGCCAGGUUUUCACAGUGCUGGCCAAAAUGGCAUUCUCUUUCCAAACUUGAGGACCGUGCAACCAGUUCUCCCAUUCUAUCGCAGUCCGGUCACACCGGCUGAACUCGCAAAUACUCCCGGCACCCUUCCUUCCCUGCCUCUGGUUUCCUCGUCGAUCCCUGAGCCUCUAGUUUCUAACGAAUCGCCCUUCGACGCGCUGCCCAAGAAAAAAUCCCGCAAGUCUAGCAUGCCCAUCAAGAUAGAGACAGAAGCCAUUGGUGCCCCUAGCGCAACUCACGAAGUUGCCAGCUCAGAAGACGACAUGCCUCCACGGCCGGUAAGUGACGGGCAUGUUGAGAUGGGCAGUUGUAGGAUAGAAAAAAACCCAAACCACCCAAUGGAAAAGAACUCCCAUUCAGGUACAUCACAGAAAUCCAUUUCUGAAGAUGGAGGGCCAACCUAUUUUAAAUCUAUUGAGCCAAAUAACACGUGCGCCAAAGUGGACGAUUUGCAUCGCCCUGAGAAAACAGCUAAGCCCGAACAAGGCAAAUUGUUAAAGAUAGUUUCUUGUGAAAACGCCUGCAAAGAUCCAAACCAGCACCGUGAUGUGACAGAACCCCAUGACUAUCUUAAAGAGCAACUGAAUUACAGGAUCCCAAUGAACGACUGCACUGAAUUGCAACACCACUUGCUGAGUAGGGGGGCAUUCGGCACACUGUCUGGUAGGAGUGUAGCCGUUCCUGAUUUCGAAGCUUUUAAAGAUAUAGAUCGUGUCAGUCAACAUGCACCGCUAGGGCUUCAGAGGGAAGACAGCCGUUUCCAUUGUGACAUCUGUAAGAAGACCUUUAAAAAUCCCUACAGUGUGAAAAUGCAUUUUAAAAAUGUACACCUAAAAGAAAUGCAUAUUUGCACCGUGGAGGGCUGUAAUGCUGCCUUUCCUUCUCGUAGAAGUCGAGACAGACAUAGCUCCAACCUAAACCUUCACCACAAGCUUUUGACCAAAGAUCCCUUGGAAAUCAAGAACCACCAUUUCAACGCAACGUACCUCUUGAAGGAUAUGGCAAAAGAGAUUUGUCCGGACGACUCUUUGAUAGGACACGUUGGGCAGCAAACUUCGGUCAUCUUCAAAGGGAUGAACAGGACUGGCAGCCUGGUUUUCCCAAUGAGCAAGAUUGGAGAGGCCUGCCCCGAGAGCUACCAGUAUGACCUGGUAAACGAUGGGGCUGUUCUGGAUUUAAGCACAACGUCCAGCAUCAAGUCGGAGGGCAGCGCUCAUUCCUCUUGGGAUUCUGACGGAGACAAUGAAGAAGGCCAUGGGGUUUUGGAGGACAGUGACGAAAGCUGUGAAAGUCCACCUUUGAUCCCAAAUGAAGACCUCUACCAAGACUGUUCUCUGAUGGAAAAGCCUAACCAGAGUUUCUCAAACAUACCUUCCAGUUUGCCAAUAACCUGCCACAUAUGCCAAAAAAGCUACAGUAAUAAAGGAACUUUCAGGGCCCAUUACAAAACAGUCCAUCUCCGCCAGCUCCACCAAUGCAAAGUCCCGGGUUGCAAUACAAUGUUUUCUUCUGUGCGCAGCAGAAACCGGCACAGUCAAAACCCCAAUUUACACAAGAGCUUGAUCAGGUCAACAGGUAGCCCCCAGUAACGUCUCACUGUUGGGCAGCAGCCUUCUGUUCGGUUAAGAGUCGUCAUUUCAACUUUAAACAGAAAAGUGUAAGAGUGAGGUUUCCCUUUGUUUUGUUUUCUUCCGGGGUGCUUUCUUCCACAAUGCACGCUGAAAACACAGGGCCAUGUUCUGCUUCCGUUUACACAGUAUGUGUUUUCACCAAGCAAAAUAGGGCACACCAACAACACUAGCCUGAGUUUUUCACUUAGAUGUAGAUACACACUUACGAAAAAAAGAGGAUCAGGAGACAUAAUAAAGGUACUCUGGAUGGUUUGCAAUAUGAGACACAGUGAAGACACUAUUCCAAUGUUUCGAUUACAUGAUCAAUGUGGAGCGAUGGGUGGGAACUGCUGGGUGAGCCCAUUGGUUGAACGGGAGGGUUUUGAACGCUGCCGUUUCUAUCCUGAGAUCAAGGAUCGGGAGGGAACCUGUGGCCCUCCAGAUGCUGUUGAACUCCAAUUCCCAUAAUUCCCGGAGGCUCAUGGGAGUUUGGAGUGCAACAACAUCUGGAGGGCAUAGAGGUUCCCCACUUAGCCCAUUCCAUAAUGUCGUGAUGUGGCUUUUUCCUCACCUCUGUCUGACAUCAUAGUGCGAAGGCUGGGCUACACAUUACAAAAGUAAAUACAAAGCUGUCAUUGAAAAUGGGAGCACCAUGCCCAGUUUUCCCUUUCUCUCCCCAAUGAGUAAUAAAAGCAUUUAUCCCAGGGGCGAGGAACCUUUGACGCUCAAGAUGUUGUUAGACUGCAACUUGCACCCUACCUGGC